UGACAGUCGAGCCCGAUGGCCGAGUUUUGAUCGUGACGACAGCGAUUAUGGGAACGAUUUGUGCUGACCGCUGGAGUGACAUAUCAGCUAGCGUUGUAUGUCGUACGUUGGGCCUGUCCAACUCAGGUACUGCCAUAAGAUUAGCGUCAUCGUCAAAGUACAGUUCGCGGUCACUCAUGGCUCUCACCUGUAUCGGGACAGAGUCCGACUAUCAUCAGUGUAAGCAGGAUGCCUUCACCACUGGCAUCUCAAUUUGUACAACCGACAUGGACGCCGGGGUGGACUGUUUCGGCGGCAUGUUGACGCCAACACCAGGAGGACCCCAUCCUGGCCAUUCGCUGUCUUCUACACAUUCACCUAUGCCACUUGCUAUGACAGUCGAGCCCGAUGGCCGAGUUUUGAUCGUGACGACAGCGAUUAUGGGAACGAUUUGUGCUGACCGCUGGAGUGACAUAUCAGCUAGCGUUGUAUGUCGUACGUUGGGCCUGUCCAACUCAGGUACUGCCAUAAGAUUAGCGUCAUCGUCAAAGUACAGUUCGCGGUCACUCAUGGCUCUCACCUGUAUCGGGACAGAGUCCGACUAUCAUCAGUGUAAGCAGGAUGCCUUCACCACUGGCAUCUCAAUUUGUACAACCGACAUGGACGCCGGGGUGGACUGUUUCGGCGGCAUGUUGACGCCAACACCAGGAGGACCCCAUCCUGACCAUUCGCUGUCUUCUACACAUUCACCUAUGCCACUUGCUAUGACAGUCGAGCCCGAUGGCCGAGUUUUGAUCGUGACGACAGCGAUUAUGGGAACGAUUUGUGCUGACCGCUGGAGUGACAUAUCAGCUAGCGUUGUAUGUCGUACGUUGGGCCUGUCCAACUCAGGUACUGCCAUAAGAUUAGCGUCAUCGUCAAAGUACAGUUCGCGGUCACUCAUGGCUCUCACCUGUAUCGGGACAGAGUCCGACUAUCAUCAGUGUAAGCAGGAUGCCUUCACCACUGGCAUCUCAGUUUGUACAACCGACAUGGACGCCGGGGUGGACUGUUUCGGCGGCAUGUUGACGCCAACGCCAGGAGGACCCCAUCCUGGCCAUUCGCUGUCUUCUACACAUUCACCUAUGCCACUUGCUAUGACAGUCGAGCCCGAUGGCCGAGUUUUGAUCGUGACGACAGCGAUUAUGGGAACGAUUUGUGCUGACCGCUGGAGUGACAUAUCAGCUAGCGUUGUAUGUCGUACGUUGGGCCUGUCCAACUCAGGUACUGCCAUAAGAUUAGCGUCAUCGUCAAAGUACAGUUCGCGGUCACUCAUGGCUCUCACCUGUAUCGGGACAGAGUCCGACUAUCAUCAGUGUAAGCAGGAUGCCUUCACCACUGGCAUCUCAGUUUGUACAACCGACAUGGACGCCGGGGUGGACUGUUUCGGCGGCAUGUUGACGCCAACGCCAGCAGGACCCCAUCCUGGCCAUUCGCUGUCUUCUACACAUUCACCUAUGCCACUUGCUAUGACAGUCGAGCCCGAUGGCCGAGUUUUGAUCGUGACGACAGCGAUUAUGGGAACGAUUUGUGCUGACCGCUGGAGUGACAUAUCAGCUAGCGUUGUAUGUCGUACGUUGGGCCUGUCCAACUCAGGUACUGCCAUAAGAUUAGCGUCAUCGUCAAAGUACAGUUCGCGGUCACUCAUGGCUCUCACCUGUAUCGGGACAGAGUCCGACUAUCAUCAGUGUAAGCAGGAUGCCUUCACCACUGGCAUCUCAGUUUGUACAACCGACAUGGACGCCGGGGUGGACUGUUUCGCCGGCAUGUUGACGCCAACGCCAGGAGGACCCCAUCCUGGCCAUUCGCUGUCUUCUACACAUUCACCUAUGCCACUUGCUAUGACAGUCGAGCCCGAUGGCCGAGUUUUGAUCGUGACGACAGCGAUUAUGGGAACGAUUUGUGCUGACCGCUGGAGUGACGUAUCAGCUAGCGUUGUAUGUCGUACGUUGGGCCUGUCCAACUCAGGUACUGCCAUAAGAUUAGCGUCAUCGUCAAAGUACAGUUCGCGGUCACUCAUGGCUCUCACCUGUAUCGGGACAGAGUCCGACUAUCAUCAGUGUAAGCAGGAUGCCUUCACCACUGGCAUCUCAGUUUGUACAACCGACAUGGACGCCGGGGUGGACUGUUUCGGCGGCAUGUUGACGCCAACGCCAGGAGGACCCCAUCCUGGCCAUUCGCUGUCUUCUACACAUUCACCUAUGCCACUUGCUAUGACAGUCGAGCCCGAUGGCCGAGUUUUGAUCGUGACGACAGCGAUUAUGGGAACGAUUUGUGCUGACCGCUGGAGUGACGUAUCAGCUAGCGUUGUAUGUCGUACGUUGGGCCUGUCCAACUCAGGUACUGCCAUAAGAUUAGCGUCAUCGUCAAAGUACAGUUCGCGGUCACUCAUGGCUCUCACCUGUAUCGGGACAGAGUCCGACUAUCAUCAGUGUAAGCAGGAUGCCUUCACCACUGGCAUCUCAGUUUGUACAACCGACAUGGACGCCGGGGUGGACUGUUUCGGCGGCAUGUUGACGCCAACGCCAGGAGGACCCCAUCCUGGCCAUUCGCUGUCUUCUACACAUUCACCUAUGCCACUUGCUAUGACAGUCGAGCCCGAUGGCCGAGUUUUGAUCGUGACGACAGCGAUUAUGGGAACGAUUUGUGCUGACCGCUGGAGUGACGUAUCAGCUAGCGUUGUAUGUCGUACGUUGGGCCUGUCCAACUCAGGUACUGCCAUAAGAUUAGCGUCAUCGUCAAAGUACAGUUCGCGGUCACUCAUGGCUCUCACCUGUAUCGGGACAGAGUCCGACUAUCAUCAGUGUAAGCAGGAUGCCUUCACCACUGGCAUCUCAGUUUGUACAACCGACAUGGACGCCGGGGUGGACUGUUUCGGCGGCAUGUUGACGCCAACGCCAGCAGGACCCCAUCCUGGCCAUUCGCUGUCUUCUACACAUUCACCUAUGCCACUUGCUAUGACAGUCGAGCCCGAUGGCCGAGUUUUGAUCGUGACGACAGCGAUUAUGGGAACGAUUUGUGCUGACCGCUGGAGUGACGUAUCAGCUAGCGUUGUAUGUCGUACGUUGGGCCUGUCCAACUCAGGUACUGCCAUAAGAUUAGCGUCAUCGUCAAAGUACAGUUCGCGGUCACUCAUGGCUCUCACCUGUAUCGGGACAGAGUCCGACUAUCAUCAGUGUAAGCAGGAUGCCUUCACCACUGGCAUCUCAGUUUGUACAACCGACAUGGACGCCGGGGUGGACUGUUUCGGCGGCAUGUUGACGCCAACGCCAGGAGGACCCCAUCCUGGCCAUUCGCUGUCUUCUACACAUUCACCUAUGCCACGAGGCAAUACUACUCUCCAACAGGGAAUGACGUCCACAACUUCCACUGGAGCUACAUCGCCAUCUUCUUCUCGUACAAUCGGUCCUACUGGAACUGUAUCACCAGCCUCUUCUCGUACCGUUGGUUCUACUAGAGCUACACUGCCAGCUUCUUCUCGUACCGUCGGUUCUACUAGAACUGCAUCGCCAGGCUCUUCUCGUACCUUUGGCUCAACUAGAGCUUCAUCGCCAGCUUCUUCUCGUACCGUCGGUUCUACUGUAGCUGCAUCGCCAGCCUCUUCUCGUACCGUUGGCUCAACUAGAGCUACAUCGCCAGCUUCUUCUUGUACCGUUGGUUCAACUGGAACUGCAUCAUCAGCUUCUUCACGUACCGUCGGUUCUACUAGAACUGCAUCACCAGCUUCUUCUCGGACAGUCGGCUCAACUAGAGCUACAUCGCCAGCUUCUUCUCGUACCGUUGGUUCUACUAGAGCUACAUCGCCAGCUUCUUCUCGUACUGUCGGUUCUACUAGAACUGCACCAUCAGCUUCUUCUCGUACCGUCGAUUCUACUAGAACUGCAUCACAACCUUCUUCUCCUAACGUCGGUUUCACUGGAACUGCAUCACCAGCCUCUUCUCGUACCGUCGGUUUUACUAGAGCUACAUCGCCAGCUUCUUCUCGGACCGUUGGUUCAACAAGGGCUACAUCGCCAGUUUCUUCUCGUACACUCGGUUUUACUAGAGCUACAUCGCCAGCUUCUUCUCGGACCGUUGGUUCAACAAGGGCUACAUCGCCAGUUUCUUCUCGUACACUUGGUUCUACUAGAACUUCAUCGCCAGCUUCUUCUCGUACCGUGGGCUCAACUAGAGCUACAUCGCCAGCUUCUUCUCGUACCGUCGGUUCAACUGGAAUUGCAUCACCAGCUUCUUCUCGUGCGGUCGGUUCUACUAGAGCUACAUCACCAGCUUCUUCUCGUACCGUCGGUUCAACUGGAACUGCAUCACCAGCUUCUUCUCGGACUUUCAGCUCAACUAGAUCUACAUCGCCAGCCUCUUCUCGUACCGUUGGUUCUACAAGAGCAACAUCGCCAGCUUCUUCACGUACCGUCGGUUCUACUAGAACUGCAUCACCAGCUUCUUCUCGCAUCGUCGGCUCAACUAGAGCUACAUCGCCAGCUUCCUCUCGUACCGUUGGUUCUACUAGAGCUACAUCGCUAGCUUCUUCUCGUACCGUCGGUUCUACUAGAACUGCACCAUCCGCUUCUUCUCGUACCGUCGAUUCUACUAGAGCAACAUCGCCAGCUUCUUCACGUACCGUCGGUUCUACUAGAACUGCAUCACCAGCUUCUUCUCGGACCGUCGGCUCAACUAGAGCUACAUCGCUAGCUUCUUCUCGUACCGUCGGUUCUACUAGAGCUACAUCGCUAGCUUCUUCUCGUACCGUUGGUUCUACUAGAACUGCACCAUCAGCUUCUUCUCGGACAGUUGGCUCAACUAGAGCUACAUCCCCAGCUUCUUCUCAUACUGUCGGUUCUACUGGAACUGCAUCACAACCUUCUUCUCCUAACGUCGGUUUUACUGGAACCGCAUCACCUGCCUCUUCUCGUGCCGUCGGUUCUACUAGAGCUACAUCACCAGCUUCCUCUCGUACCGUCGGUUCAACUAGAACUGCAUCACCAGCUUCCUCUCGUACCGUCCAUUCUACUAGAGCUACAUCGCUAGCUUCUUCUCGGACUGUUGGUUCAACAAGGGCUACAUCGCAAGUUUCUUCUCGUACACUCGGUUCAACUAGAGCUACAUCGCCAGCUUCUUCUCGUACCGUCGGUUCAACUGGAACUGCAACACCAGCUUAUUCUCGGACUGUCGGCUCAACUAGAGCUACAUCGCCAGCCUCUUCUGGUGCCAUCGGUUCUACUAGAGCUACAUCGCCAGCUUCUUCUCGUACCGUCGGUUCAACUGGAACUGCAUCACCAGCUUCUUCUCGGACUGUCGGCUCAACUAGAGCUACAUCGCCCGCUUCUCGUACCGUCGGUUCAACUGGAACUGCAUCACCAGCUUUUUCUCGUACCGUAGGCUCAACUGGAACUACACCGCCAGCCUCUUCUCGUACCGUUGGUUCUACAAGAGCUACAUCGCCAGCCUCUUCUCAUACCGUGGAUUCAACUAGAGCUACAUCGCCAGCUUCUUCUCGUACCGUUGGUUCUACUAGAGCUACAUCGCCAGCUUCUUCUCGUACCGUCGGUUCUACUAGAACUGCGUCACCAGCUUCUUCUCGGACCGUCGGCUCAACUAGAGCUACAUCGCCAGCUUCUUCUCGUGCCGUUGGUUCUACUAGAGAUACAUCGCCAGCUUCUUCUCGUACCGUCGGUUCUACUAGAACUGCACCAUCAGCUUCUUCUCGUACCGUCGGUUCUACUAGAGCUACAUCGCCAGCUCCUUCUCGUACCGUCGGUUUUACUGGAACUACACCACCAGCUUCUUCUCGUACCAUGGGCGCAACCAGAGCUACAUCGCCCGCUUCUCGUACCGUCGGUUCAACUGGAACUGCAUCACCAGCUGUUUCUCGUACCGCAGGCUCAACUGGAACUACACCGCCAGCCUCUUCUCGUACCGUUGGUUCUACAAGAGCUACAUCGCCAGCCUCUUCUCAUACCGUGGAUUCAACUAGAGCUACAUCGCCAGCUUCUUCUCGUACCGUUGGUUCUACUAGAGCUACAUCGCCAGCUUCUUCUCGUACCGUCGGUUCUACUAGAACUGCACCAUCAGCUUCUUCUCGUACCGUCGGUUCUACUAGAGCUUCAUCGCCAGCUUCUUCUCGUACCGUCGGUUCUACUAGAACUGCACCAUCAGCUUCUUCUCGUACCGUCGGUUCUACUAGAGCUACAUCGCUAGCUUCUUCUCCUACCGUCGGUUCAACUGGAACUGCAUCACCAGCUUUUUCUCGGACUGUCGGCUCAACUAGAGCUACAUCCCCAGCUUCUUCUCGUACCGUCGGUUUAACUGGAACUGCAUCACCAGCUUCUUCUCGGACCGUCGGCUCAACUAGAGCUACAUCGCCGGCUUCUUCUCGUACUGUCGGUUCUACUAGAACUGCACCAUCAGCUUCUUCUCGUUUCAUCGGUUCUACUAGAGCUACAUCGCCAGCUUCUUCUCCUACCAUCCGUUCUACUCGAACUGCACCACCAGUUUCUUCUCGUACCGUUGGUUCCACUAGAGCUACAUCGCCAGCUUCUUCUCCGACUGUCGGCUCAACUAAAGCAACAUCGCCAGCUUCUUCUCGUAACGUCGGUUCAACUGGAAUUGCAGCACCAGCUUCUUCUCGGACUGUCGGCUCAACUAGAGCUACAUCGCCAGCUUCUUCUCGUACCGUUGGUUCUACUAGAGCUACAUCACCAGUUUCUUCUCCUACCGUCGGUUCCACUAGAGCUACAUCGCCAGCUUCUUCUCGUACCGUCGGUUCAACUGGAAUUGCAGCACCAGCUUCUUCUCGGACUGUCGGCUCAACUAGAGCUACAUCGCCAGCUUCUUCUCGUACCGUUGGUUCUACUAGAGCUACACCGCCAGCUUCUUCUCGUACCGUCGGUUCUACUAGAACUGCAACACCACCUUCUUCUCGUUCCGUCGGUUCUACUAGAACUGCAUCACCAGCUUCUUCUCCGACUGUCGGCUCAACUAAAGCAACAUCGCCAGCUUCUUCUCCGACUGUCGGCUCAACUAAAGCAACAUCGCCAGCUUCUUCUCGUACCGUCGGUUCAACUGGAAUUGCAGCACCAGCUUCUUCUCGGACUGUCGGCUCAACUAGAGCUACAUCGCCAGCUUCUUCUCGUACCGUUGGUUCUACUAGAGCUACAUCACCAGUUUCUUCUCGUACCGUCGGUUCCACUAGAGCUACAUCGCCAGCUUCUUCUCGUACCGUCGGUUCAACUGGAAUUGCAGCACCAGCUUCUUCUCGGACUGUCGGCUCAACUAGAGCUACAUCGCCAGCUUCUUCUCGUACCGUUGGUUCUACUAGAGCUACAUCGCCAGCUUCUUCUCGUACCGUCGGUUCUACUAGAACUGCAACACCACCUUCUUCUCGUUCCGUCGGUUCUACUAGAACUGCAUCACCAGCUUCUUCUCCGACUGUCGGCUCAACUAAAGCAACAUCGACAGCCUUUUCUCGUACCGUUGGUUCUACUAGAGCUACAUCGCCAGCUACUCGAACCGUCGGUUCAACUGUAACUGCAUCACCAGCUUCUUCUCGUACCGUCGGUUCUACUAGAACUGCACCAUCAGCUUCUUCUCGUACCGUCGGUUCUACUAGAGCUACAUCGCUAGCUUCUUCUCCUACCAUCGGUUCUACUCGAACUGCACCACCAGUUUCUUUUCGUACCGUUGGUUCCACUAGAGCUACAUCGCCAGCUUCUUCUCCGACUGUCGGCUCAACUAAAGCAACAUCGUCAGCUUCUGCUCGUACCGUCGGUUCAACUGGAAUUGCAGCACCAGCUUCUUCUCGGACUGUCGGCUCAACUAGAGCUACAUCGCCAGCUUCUUCUCGUACCGUUGGUUCUACUAGAGCUACAUCGCCAGCUUCUUCUCGUACCGUCGGUUCUACUAGAACUGCACCACCACCUUCUUCUCGUUCCGUCGGUUCUACUAGAACUGCAUCACCAGCUUCUUCUCCGACUGUCGGCUCAACUAAAGCAACAUCGACAGCCUUUUCUCGUACCGUUGGUUCUACUAGAACUGCAUCACCAGCUUCUUCUCCGACUGUCGGCUCAACUAAAGCAACAUCGCCAGCUUCUCGUACCGUCGGUUCAACUGGAACUGCAUCACCAGCUCCUUCUCUGACUGUCGGCUCAACUAGAGCAACAUCGCCUGCUUCUCGUACCGUUGGUUCAACUGGAGCUACAUCGCCAGCUGCUUCUCGAACCGUCGGUUCAACUGUAACUGCAUCACCAGCUUCUUCUCGUACCGUCGGUUCUACUAGAACUGCACCAUCAGCUUCUUCUCGUACCGUCGGUUCUACUAGAGCUACAUCGCUAGCUUCUUCUCCUACCAUCGGUUCUACUCGAACUGCACCACCAGUUUCUUCUCGUACCGUUGGUUCAACUAGAGCUACAUCGCCAGCUUCUUCUCCGACUGUCGGCUCAACUAAAGCAACAUCCCCAGCUUCUUCUCGUACCGUCGGUUCAACUAGAAUUGCAGCACCAGCUUCUUCUCGGACUGUCGGCUCAACUAGAGCUACAUCGCCAGCUUCUUCUCGUACCGUUGGUUCUACUAGAGCUACAUCGCCAGCCUCUUCUCGUACCGUCGGUUCAAUUGGAACUGCAUCACCAGCUCCUUCUCGGACUGUCGGCUCAACUAGAGCUACAUCGCCAGCUGCUUCUCGAACCGUCGGUUCAACUGGAACUGCAUCAUCAGCUUCUUCUCGUACCGUGGGUUCUACUAGAACUGCAUCAUCGGCUUCUUCUCGUACCGUUGGUUUUACUGGAAUUACGUCGUCAUCUACUGCUACUUCCGGUUCUACAGGAGCGCCAUCUGCAGUUACCUCAUCACCUUCUACUGGUGCAAUUAGCUCUACCCGAGCGCCACAUGGUAUUACAUCAUCAUCUUCUACUGGUACAUUCACCUUUUCUCCCGCGCCGCGUACAAUACCAUCAUCACCUUCUACUGGUGGAAUCGGCUCUACCCGAGCGGUAAAUGGAGUUACAUCAUCACAUUCAACUGGUACCGUCAAUUCUUCAACAGCGCCACAUGGUUUUUCAUCAACAUCCUCUACUGGUGUUAUCGGCUCUAACCAAACACCAAGGGGAGUGACGUCAUCGCAUUCUAGUGCUACUACCGGUUCUACCCGAGCACCAUCUGGAGUUACAUCAUCACCUUCUACUGGUUCCGUAGGUUCUAGCCCAUUACCAAAUAAAAUGACAUCCCCUUCUGCUAGUACAAUCGGCUCUAACCCAGUGUCACUUGGUUUUACAUCAUCAUCUUCUACUGUUGCUGUCGGCUCUAACUCAACACCACAGGGAGUGACAUCGUCAUCGUCUGCUAGGUCGACGUCAUCACCACCGCUCCCCGUUGUUAACACGUCACAGCCACAGUCUUUAACGACAUCAGUGAGUCCAAUAGUUAGCACCGCUCAGUUUACCGGAAGGACAACAUCUGUUUCAACAAAUGCUCCCCAAUCAGGAAUGAAUAAUUCUAUGUUUUUCUCCCUUAACACUGAUAAUCGAGUCAUGUUCCACGAUACGAGAAGCGGAAAUGUAGGUAGUAUAUGUUGUUUCAAGUGGAACGACACAGAAGCCGACGUGAUGUGCCAACAUCUUGGGUUACCUGGUCCUGGAUUGGCUAUUGUGCUACCACGUGAUCAGAGUUUAAGUAGAGGCUUGUACGCAGUCAAUUGUACGGGAAAUGAACGCAAUGCGUUUGAUUGUGAUUUGGCCUUCUCCGAUGUAUCAAAUGGGAUGUGUAACAAUCUAGGUGAUGCUGCAUUACAAUGCGGGAAUUUGACGACUUCACAAUCACCAACGACUACUUCGGCUUCAGCUACGCAACCACCAACUGUUCUUUCCUCUUCAACAUCGCAGCAACCGGCUGUGGUUUCGGUUUCAACUCCGCAACCAGCGACUGGUGUUUCAACUUCAACUAGACAAUCACAAACAGCUUCCAGUACGCGACAGAUGACGACAAAAACGACCACAUCUCAAUCGGCUACUGCUUCAGCUAUAACGACACGACAAAAAACUACAUCCUCAACCACAGUUACUAGUACGAGUGCUGCUAAUUCAGCUACAACUGCACGACCGACUAUGACUGCACCUUCGUCGACUUCACACCCCCAGACGACCACUGGAAGUCACACCAGUCCUACCACUGGAAGUCAAACCAGUACUACUACUGGAAGUCAAACCAGUCCUACCACUAGAAGUCAAACUACUACUACCACUGGAAGUCAAACCAGUCCUACCACUAGAAGUCAAACUACUACUACCAUUGGGAGUCAAACCAGUACUACCAUUGGGAGUCAAACCAGUCCUACCACUAGAAGUCAAACCAGUACUACCACUGGAAGUCACACCAGUCCUACCACUAGAAGUCAAACCAGUACUACCACUGGAAGUCACACCAGUCCUACCACUAGAAGUCAAACCAGUCCUACCACUAGAAGUCAAACCAGUACUACCACUGGAAGUCACACCAGUCCUACCACUAGAAGUCAAACCAGUCCUACCACUAGAAGUCAAACCAGUACUACCACUGGAAGUCAAACCAGUACUACCACUGGAAGUCAAACCAGUACUACCAUUGGAAGUCAAACCAGUCCUACCACUAGAAGUCAAACUACUACUACCAUUGGGAGUCAAACCAGUCCUACCACUAGAAGUCAAACCAGUCCUACCACUAGAAGUCAAACCAGUCCUACCACUAGAAGUCAAACUAGUACUACCACUAGAAGUCAAACUACUACUACCACUGGAAGUCACACCAGUACUACCAUUGGAAGUCAAACCAGUCCUACCACUGGAAGUCAAACUACUUCUACCACUGGAGGUCAAACUAGUACUACUACUGGAGGUCAAACCAGUACUACCACUGACACAAACUGUGUGUCUGGUUCUGGAUUCUGUAGCUUCAAUGCAGAUUCCCUGGGAUCUGGAGCGUCAUCUUGGCAUGUCGGCUGGUCCACCAUGAUCUUGGCCUUUGUGUUGGUCACUUUGAGCCUCAUUCUGCGUAUCUAAUUGUAUUGCCCGAGAAUGUUACCAGGACAACCGGAGGUAGAACGUAGAGAACGUCCCCAGUCAACCUGUCAAAUGAUAUCAUAUUAUCGCAAUGUUUACAUUGAAUGACUUUUCAACAAUAUGAUACCAAGAUAAUGUUUACGUUGUAAUGGACGGAGUUCACACUGUUACAAAAGUCAUCUUCUAAUGCAAGAAUCAUUUUACUCAGAUGUAUUAGUAUAGAUCUAACUCAGCCCUCCAUUAACUUAAAAUGUGUAGUCAUGAAAAGGUUGUUAUCAAAUGGGUAGUUAUGAAAAGGUUGUUAUAAAAUGGAUAGUUAUGAAAAGGUUGUUAUAAAAUGGGUAGUUAUGAAAAGGUAGUUAUAAAAUGGAAAGUUAUGAAAAGGUUGUUAUAAAAUGGAUAGUUAUGAAAAGGUAGUUAUAAAAUGGAAAGUUAUGAAAAGGUUGCGGAGUAGUUUAUAUAUUAUAAGCAUGAUAUAUAGUAGUCUACAAACCUGACUCAAUAUUCUAUAUUAAAAUCUGUGGUUACCUUAGAUGAUGUUUGAAAAGAAUGCUAUACUCGAGAAAGCAUAAUGAACAUCAUGUAUAUUUUAAUAUGCUUGACCAUAUGUGAGAAAAGUCAUUGACUUGAGCUUGUAAUCAAGCUUUAAUAAAGACUAUCAUUAUUAGUAUUAGUAGUAUUUAGCUUACAUGUGCAUUAUUAUAGGAUCUACCUAAUUUCAAUGCUUUUGGCAAGUAAGUGUUUCUAAACCACGGCUACGGACACUUUUAAUUUCGCAAAGUAAGUAAAGGAAAAUGUAAGUUUUAUCAAUAUAUAUAUAAAUAUAUCAACUUUUAAACCUGAUGAUAUUUUCCAAUAGUAUUUCUUACAGUUGUAGUCCCUUUAUUAACUAUGAGCUACCUAUCAAAAUGACUCGCGUGAUUUUAUAUUUUAUAAAAAGAACUAUUUAUCGAGUUUAUUGUAUGUCCUAGAGCUAUUUAUAAAGACGUUUGUAUGCCUUAGAAAUACUUAUAGAGACUAAUGUAUACCGUAGAACUAUUUAUAAAGACUAGUGUAUACUUUAGGACUAUUUAUAGAGACUAUUGUAUACUUUAGAACUAUUUAUAAAGACUAUUGUAUACUUUAGAACUAUUUAUAGAGACUAUUGUAUACCGUAGAACUAUUUAUAGAGACUAUUGUAUACUUAAGAACUAUUUAUAGAGACUAUUGUAUACUUUAGAACUAUUUAUAGAGACUAUUGUAUACUUUAGAAUAUUUAUAGAGACUAUUGUAUACUUUAGAACUAUUUAUAGAGACUAUUGUAUACCGUAGAACUAUUUAUAGAGACUAUUGUAUACUUAAGAACUAUUUAUAGAGACUAUUGUAUACUUUAGAACUAUUUAUAGAGACUAUUGUAUACUUUAGAACUAUUUAUAGAGACUAUUGUAUACUUUAGAAUAUUUAUAGAGACUAUUGUAUAAUUUAGAACUAUUUAUAGAGACUAUUGUAUACUUUAGAACUAUUUAUAGAGACUAUUGUAUACCUUAGAACUAUAUAUAGAGACAAUUGUAUACUUUAGAACUAUUUAUAGAGACUAUUGUAUACCUUGGAACUAUUUAUAAAGACUAUUGUAUACUUCAGAACUAUUUAUAGAGACUAUUGUAUACUUUAGGACUAUUUAUAGAGACUAUUGUAUACUUUAGAACUAUUUAUAGAGACUAUUGUAUACCUUAGAACUAUUUAUAAAGACUAUUGUAUACUUUAGAACUAUUUAUAGAGACUAUUGUAUACUUUAGAACUAUUUAUAAAGACUAUUGUAUACUUUAGGACUAUUGACAAAGAUUAUUGUAUACUUUAUAAUUAUUAAUAGAGACUAUUGUAUACUUUAGAACUAUUUAUAGAGACUAUUGUAUACUUUAGGACUAUUGAUAAAGACUAUUGUAUACUUUAAAACUAUUUAUAGAGACUAUUGUAUACUUUAUAACUAUUUAUAGAGACCAUUGUAUACUUUAGAACUAUUUAUAGAGACCAUUGUAUACUUUAGGACUAUUUAUAGAGACUAUUGUAUACUUUAUAAUUAUUAAUAGAGACUAUUGUAUACUUUAGAACUAUUUAUAGAGACUAUUGUAUACUUUAGGACUAUUGAUAAAGACUAUUGUAUACUUUAAAACUAUUUAUAGAGACUAUUGUAUACUUUAUAACUAUUUAUAGAGACCAUUGUAUACUUUAGAACUAUUUAUAGAGACCAUUGUAUACUUUAGGACUAUUUAUAGAGACUAUUGUAUACUUUAGAAUUAUUUAUAGAGACUAUUGUAUACUUUAGGACUAUUGAUAAAGACUAUUGUAUACUUUAGGACUAUUUAUAGAGACUAUUGUAUACCUUAGAACUAUUUAUAGAGACUAUUGUAUACCGUAGAACUAUUUAUAGAGACUAUUGUAUACUUUAGAACUAUUUAUAGAGACUAUUGUAUACUUUAGGACUAUUGAUAAAGACUAUUGUAUACUUUAGAACUAUUUAUAGAGACUAUUGUAUACUUUAGAACUAUUUAUAGAGACUAUUGUAUACUUUAGGACUAUUGAUAAAGAUUAUUGUAUACCUUAGAAGUAUUAAUAAAGACCAUUGUAUGCUUUAGAACUAAUUGUAGAUACUAUUGUAUCCGUUAGAACUAUUAAUAAAGACUAUUGUAUACCUUAGAAGUAUUAAUAAAGACCAUUGUAUGCUUUAGAACUAAUUGUAGAUACUAUUGUAUGCCUUAAAAGUAUUAAUAAAGACCAGUGUAUGCCUUAGAAGUUUUAAUAAAGACCAUCGUAUGCUUUAGAACUAAUUGUAGAGACUAUUGUAUCCCUUAGAACUAUUAAAUAUUAAGGCUAAAAAACAGGUCAUCGGAUACACCUUAUGAUAUAUUUAGGAACAAUAAUACGUAAUUCAUCAGAAAUGAUCAUUUUAAAUGUAGAAUGAAAUGUAGAUUUUUCAAAUUCUUUUCAAAGACUGCAUAGUUGUUAUCUCUCUAUACUUAUAUAGGUACUCUAAUAAUGUACAAUAGUCUACCACCUGUGAUUAUGUACAGUAGUUUACCACCAGUGAUUAUAUUACAAUAGUUUACCACCAGUGAUUAUGUACAAUAGUUUACCACCUGUGAUUAUAUACAAUAGUUUACCACCAGUGACUAUGUACAAUAGUUUACCACCUGUAAUUAUAUUACAAUAGUUUACCACCUGUGAUUAUGUACAGUAGUUUACUACAUGUGAUUAUGUACAAUAGUUUACCACCUGUGAUUAUAUAACAAUAGUUUACCACCUGUGAUUAUAUUACAAUAGUUUACCACCUGUGAUUAUGUACAAUAGUUUACCACCUGUGAUUAUGUACAAUAGUUUACCACCUGUGAUUAUGUACAAUAGUUUACCACCUGUGAGUAUGUACAAUAGUCUACCACCUGUGAUUAUGUACAGUAGUUUACCACCUGUGAUUAUGUACAAUAGUUUACCACCUGUGAUUAUGUACAAUAGUUUACCACCUGUGAUUAUGUACAAUAGUUUACCACCUGUGAUUAUGUACAAUAGUUUACCACCUGUGAUUAUGUACAAUAGUUUACCACCUGUGAUUAUGUACAGUAGUUUACCACCUGCGAUUAUACAUAUACAACGAAGGAUUGUAUUUCGAUCCGAUGAUGUCAUACAAUUUUAUUUAUUAUUUUUCUUUUUUUUUAUCCCACGAAUUGUAAAUGUUCAAAUAUCCGAAUGGUGCAUCGUUUAUGUUCUUCUUUUGUUAUCAUUAAAAUAUUAUUUUCCAUUUUC